AAACACCAAGAUGAAUUGGAUGUUGCGAAAGCAUUCAGUUUUCCAAAAAACUCAAAGGAAAGAAAACUACAAUUGGACUACAUACGAAAUAAGGGAAAUUUCGAGCACAACAGUCAUGUUUUGGAAACACAAAAAGGAAAACUAAUCCCAUGUAAACAACCAGGAAAAAAAUCAGAGGGACAUAAAUUUGCACAUUGCAUUCACUGCUAUGGGCUGUUCUCAAGAAGAGCGAUGUGGCGGCAUUUCAAGGUCUGCAGCUUCAAACCCGAAAGUACUAAACCGGGUAAAAAUAGAGUUCAGGCAUUGUGUGCUUUCGCUGAACCUUCUCCAUCGGAAUAUACAGACGCGUAUUGGAAGUUCUUGAGUGUAAUGAUUCAGGACAAGAUUGCAGUUGCAAUUAAAGGAGACAACUGCAUCCUCAAUUAUGGUUUCAGGUUGUUCAAAAAGAAUGAGAAGAUUGUCAGUCAACACCAGUAUAUACGCCAAAAACUGAGAGAACUUGGCAGGCUUUUAUUGGAAGCUAAAAAAAUCACACAUGUGAAGACCAUUCAAGAACUCAUCAAACCUGAACAGUACUCCCAGGUUGUCAGAGCUGCAAAAAACCUAUCUGGAUUUAGUGAGGAAACUGGCAUAUACCAAUGUCCCUCUCUUGCACGCAAGGUAGGACACAGCCUGCAUUCGUUGGCUAUGUUUAUCAAGUCCGAAGGACUGAAAAAGAAAGAUAAAGAAACCAUUAAAGAUGCUGAGGAGUUCACACAGUUGUAUUUAGAGAGUUGGAGGUUUGAUAUUGCAGGCCAGGCAUUAACCCAGCUUAACCGGGCCAAAUGGAAUGCACCGCAACUUUUACCUCUUACACAAGAUAUCCAAAGGCUACAUUGCUAUCUAGAAGAAAAACUGCAUCAACAUCUCAAAGAUUUAAAAGAACAUCGUUCAUCCACAAAUUGGAAGGAACUUGCAAAAGUAACGCUGACUCAAGUUAUGCUUUUUAAUCUGCGGAGAGCAGGUGAAGUGUCCCGAAUGCGCCUGUCUGCAUACUUAUCGAAGGACACAUCAGAGGAACAGGGAGAUGUAAAUUUGGCCCUCACAGCGCUUGAGCAGAAGCUCUGCAGGCAUUUUGUGCGAAUAGCAAUUGUUGGAAAAAGAGGAAGGAAGGUUCCUGUUCUUCUAACCCCAUCAAUGAGAGAAUCACUUGAUGCUCUUACUGAGAGCAGAGAAGAAUGUGGGGUGCUGAAGGACAAUGAAUAUCUGUUUGCAUUGCCACAAUCUGACCAUUACCUCAGGGCUUGUGACUGCAUGAGGCAAUUUGUCAGUGAAUGUGCUGACAUAAAAAAUCCUCAAGCACUAACAUCAAUUCAACUGAGGAAACAUAUUGCUACCCUGUCUACUGUUCUGAACCUCAAAACCACCGAGCUCGACCAGUUGGCAGACUUCCUUGGUCAUAAUAUCGCUGUUCACGGGAAACACUAAAGGCUCCCAGAAAGCACCCUUCAAUUAGCCAAAGUAAGUAAAGUCCUCCUGGCAAUGGAACAAGGACGCCUAGGAGAUUACAAAGGAAAGAGCCUCGAUGAAAUACAAGUCGAUGUGAAUGAGACCAUUGACAUGGAGGGACCUUUAGCAGAGGACAUUGAAGAUGUCAGUAUGCUAGGAGAAGAUGGGUCAGACGAUGAGGUCAGCAUGUGUCAUCCACGCAAGAAUGUACCUCCACAUCACAAAGUCAAAACCAGGGAGUGUCUGCCACCGAUGUCAGUAUGCCAAGAGAAGAGGGGUCAGAAGAUGAGGUCAGCAUGUCAUCCCUGCAAGAAUGUUCCUCCACAUCACAAGUCCAAAACCGAAGUGUGUCUGCAAAAAAGAGAGGAAAACAAACGGCCGUCAAAAGAAGCUGGACCCCAGACGAGUGUGCUGCAGUGGACACACAUUUGAGGAGAUUUAUUGUAAUGAAUCAAGUUCCUGGUAAAGAAGAGUGUCAGCGCUGUAUUACUGCAGAUCCUCCAGCUCUCAGAAACAGGGACUGGAAAGCAGUUAAAUAUUAUGUUAAAAAUCGCAUUACAGCCCUGAGAAGAAAAGUCUAGUGUACCUAAUGGAACUGAGGUAAAACCAAAACAUUAGAGGUAGGAUCUUAAAAUGUUUUGUCUUUGGUUGUGUUCUGUUGUAACCUUUUUGUUGUUGUUGUUGUUGUUGUAGGGGUUUGCUCAGGUUUUAUGGCUGUCCAGUGGCCUACAAAUAUACAGUUAUACAAUAUACAGUUCUUAUUUAAUUACAUUUUUUAUUUGAUGGAUGUUGGAUGGAUAUUGAAUAGAUGUUUGAUAGAUGGAUGGAUGGAUGUUGGAUGGAUGUUCGAGAGCUGGGUGGAUGUAGGAUAGAUGAUGGAUGUUUGAUGGAUGAAUGUUGGAUGGAUGUAGGGUAGAUGAUGGCUGGAUGGAUGUUGGAUGAAUGUAGGGUAGAUGUUGGAUGGAUGGAUGUUGGAUGGAUGUAGGGUAGAUGAUGGCUGGAUGGAUGGAUGUUGAACAGAUGUUGGAUAUAUGGAUGGAUGGAUGGAUCUUGAAUAGAUGUUGGACAUAUGGAUGUUGGAUGGAUGUUCGAGAGCUGGGUGGAUGUAGGAUAGAUGAUGGAUGUUGGAUGGAUGUAGGGUAGAUGAUGGCUGGAUGGAUGUAGGGUAGAUGUUGGAUGGAUGGAUGGAUGUUGGAUGGAUGUAGGGUAGAUGAUGGCUGGAUGGAUGGAUGUUGAACAGAUGUUGGAUAUAUGGAUGGAUGUUGGAUGUGUGGAUGUGUGGAUGGAUAUUGAUAUAUUUAUUUUAAUACAUUUAUUUAUUUUAGGGCCUGAACACUGAAAGUGUGUGGGGCAUAUGUUAAAUAUUUCAAAGGAUUUUUCAUUUCUUUAAAUAUCUCUGUAUCAUUAUUUCAAAAUUUGAGGCUUCACUGGAAAGAACAACUUGUGUUAACAUGACAUUAUGGAUGCAGUCCAAUCAAACAUAAUUUCAAUGCCUAUAUAAGAGAAACUGUUGGGUUUACAUAAAAGUUCAGGCUGAUGUUGUUCAAACAUUGAGUGCAGAUUGUACAAACCUAGACAUUAAAUUAAUAAUUUGUUUUAAUCAUUUCAUAAAAAGUUUAUUGACUGACAACUGUGUGGCAUAAACUUUGUCAUUACAAUAAAAUUGGUCAUUUCAGUUUUGUCAUAAAACUGUAUUUGAAGCCGUAUGUCUUGUAAUCUGUAAAGGCAGAUGGAAAGUUUCACAUAUACAUAAUUACUCAUUACAAAAAUAACUAUUUUAGUCCAAAAUAAGGAAACUGGGAGUAAUAAUAAAGGCUGGUGUCAGCAGCUGCAGAUAGUGACCUUGGGCCCCAUUAACAUAUAAAAACUUGGUAUAUAUGUGUGUAUGUGGGCAGACCCCACAAGGGGCCAAAUACCGUUUUCGACAAAACUUGUGUUAUUAAUGAUUGAGAUUUUUUUUUUUUUUAGAUCUAAUGUUGUUUUUUACAGCAGUGUAGGACCACUGGAAAGGGUGGAUCCCACAACGCAUAAAAAAACUGGUGGGCCCCAUGAGUGGGCUUGCGCAAGAAUGUGUGUGUGUGUGUGUGUGUGAGAGAGAGAGAGAGAGAGAGAGAGAGUGUGUGUGUGUGUUUGAGAGAGCGAGUCUGUGUGUGUGUGUGU